AUGGAGGUUGACUGGGACAGAAGAAGGGCUGCAUGGGAUUUUCUAAGAUCUCUCAGGGCGGUUUCUGAACUUCUUUGGGUGGUUUUGGGGGAUUUCAAUGAUUUAUUGAUGCAGUCAGAUAAGAGAGGGAGGUUGCCACAUCCUGUUGGUUUGAUUGAGGGGUUUGCUGAAGCAUUGGACGACUGUGGUUUGAUGACACUGCCCAUGAUUGGAUACCCUUACACGUGGGAGCGUGGGAAAGGGACUGCUCGCUGGGUUGAGGAACGCUUGGAUAGGGUGGUGGCGAAUAUGGACUGGCUGCAGGACUAUGAUAGGGCGAGGUUGUUUAAUAUUCGAACUGACUCGUCAGAUCAUACUGCGUUAUUCCUGGAUAUAGUUGGGGUGGAACAUGUGUUGAGGCCCCGGGGAUUCCGGUUUGAGAAUGCAUGGCUUCUGGAUGUGGUUGCAGGGAGGUGGUGGAGAGGGAAUGGGCUAGUACCCCGGGUUUGGCGUUGCAGGCCAGGCUUGCUUGAUGAGCAGUUGGGUGUUGUGCUAGCCCAGGAGGAGGCUUUCUGGAGGCAAUGUGCUAAGCAGCACUGGCUUCAAGGAGCUGACAGGAAUACUAAGUUUUUUCACAAGUAUGCUUCACACCGGAAGAAGAAGAAUAUGAUCCAGAGACUUAAGGAUGAUGUUGGUGUAUGGAGAGAGGGCAGCUCCUUGGACUCGGUGGUUACGGACUAUUAUAAACAUAUCUUUACCUCGGGUGGGAAUCCAGGGAAUUUCAAUGUGGAUACCAUGCGGUCUUGUGUAACCAGAGAACAGAAUGAUGAUUUGCUGCAACCCUUUGAGCCGGAGGAGGUACGGAGUGCUUUAUUUUCUAUGGCCAAGGAUAAAUCUCCAAGACCGGAUGGCAUGAACCCGGGCUUCUAUCAGGCCUUCUGGGAUGUUAUUGGUAAGGAUGUUUCUGAUUUCAUGCUUCAUUGUUUGUCUGAGAAGUCUUUUCCUGCUAAUUUGAAUGAUGCCAAUAUUGUUUUGAUACCCAAAAAAUGCACCCCUGUGUUUGUGUCUGAUUUAAGGCCAAUAGCUUUGUGUAAUGUGCUGUAUAAGAUAAUGGCUAAAAUGAUUGCUAAUCGUAUGAAACCAUUGCUUGAGGGUAUGAUUUCUGUUUCGCAAAGUGCCUUUUUACUUGGUAGAUUGAUCUCAGAUAAUAUACUUAUUGCGUCUGAGGUUGGCCAUUAUUUGAGGAGGAAACGGUUGGGGCAGGUUGGUUCGGCGGCCUUAAAACUUGAUAUGGCGAAAGCAUAUGACAGGAUGGAGUGGCCGUUUGUACAGCAGAUGUUGACUGGUUUGGGAUUUGAUGACAGAUGGGUUCAGCUGGACACUCAGGCAAAAGGGCUUCUACAUGGUUGUAGAGUGGCCAGGGGAGCACCAUCUAUCUCACAUAUGCUUUUUGCAGAUGACAGUUUGCUUUUCUUUAAGGCUAACUUGCAGGAAGCAUUGGAGGGAGUAUAUGAGUCUUUCUCGGGGCAAGCGGUUAAUUUUCAAAAAUCGAGUAUUACGUUUAGUCGUAAUACGGUUGUGGAAGUUAGGGACCUGGUUGCGAAUGCCUUGGGGGUGGUCCAAGCUGAUGAUUUUGGAAAGUAUCUUGGUUUACCUUCUGUUGUAGGCCGGAAUAGGAGUCCAGUUUUCGCAUAUGUUGAGCAGAAGUUGAGGGAGAGGUUUGGUUCAUGGAACAAGAGACUGUUAUCCAAGGCAGGGAAAGAGGUACUGGUGGGGUCAGAGAAGUUCACAGGGUAG